AUGGGGUCAGGUGAUGAAAAAGAAAUAGAAAAAGAAAUUAAACAUAAUAAAAUGAGUGGAAAUAGUCAAAUUUUUGCUACAACGCUACCGCCGUUAAAUAUAAGGUCAACUAAUCUGGCUCAAGAAUGGAAAAGUUGGAGCAAGCAGUUCUAUAUUUUUAUGCUUGCAACGAAUUUAGAAGAACAACAAGAACGUCGCAAAGUUGCACUUUUACUGCACCACUUGGGGGCAGAUUGUUUUGAAAUUUUUAAUUCAUUUAACAUGGAUAUAGAAGAAGUAAAAUUAGAAAAUGUGUUAAAAAAGUUCUGUGAAUACUUUAUUCCAAAAGCUAACGUGGCUAUGGAACGGUACAAAUUCUUUACGCGUCAACAGAACUCAGAAGAAACUAUAAGCGAAUACGCAACAGCGCUACAAAACUUGAGCACUACAUGUGAGUUUAAAGAUCUGCGUGAAGAUUUGGUUAGAGAUAUAUUUAUUUGUGGCUUAUCCCUCAACUUUAAACAUAUCAAAGAACGUCUUUUGAGUGAAGGUGAUAUUAAAUGGGGUAAAGCGUUGGAAAUAGCAAAAAAUAUUGAAAUUGCACGACAAAAUGCAACAACAAUACUGAAAACAGUAAAUGAAAACGUGGUUGCUGGGCUAAAAAAACAACGGAUUGCAAGACCCGUUUCGGUACAACAAAAACAUAGUAAAAAAGAGUGUAAAAAGUGUGGCCAAUUACAUAAAUUCAAAUGUCCGGCCGAUGGAGUGAUUUGUCAUAUAUGUAAAAAGCCAAAUCACUAUGCAAAAAUGUGCUUUAGUCGUUCAUCAGUACAGCAGCAGCAGCAGCAGCAACAACAACAGUACCGUAAAAGCCGAUAUAUAAAAAACGUGUCUGAAGAAACAAAAUUAUUUGAUGACGAUUUAUUUGUUGGAACAAUAAGCAAAAACUUAAACAAGUUUUUUACACAAAAUAAAUCAUGGAAUGUUGAUGUCAAUAUAGAAGGCGUAAAAGUGAACUGCCAGGUAGAUUCUGGAGCGGAAACAAACUUAUAUUGUCGAACUUUUAGUGGUGAAAAAUUACCUAUUAUAGGAAAAGUUCAUGUGGAUUUGUUAUUUAACAAUAUUAGACAAAAGGCUAUUUUUCAUGUGGUCAAUAUGCAGUGUAAUAAUGUUCUGGGUCUGGACUUAGCAGUUGAGUUAAAUCUAAUUAAAAUAGUAAACGCAGUAAGUUGUAAUAAUAAAGUAGAAAUAAACAAUUGUAACGAAUUAGACAUUUUUGGUAAAUAUUCAGACGUGUUCAAUGGUCUUGGUCAGCUCAAAAAUAAGUGUAAAUUGGAAAUCAGAGACAAUAGUACACCAGUUGUUGAUGUACAACGUAGAGUGCCCUUUAGUCUACUUGAACCACUUAAAAAAGAGUUACAAAGAAUGAAGGAAUUAGAAGUUAUAACUGAAGUUACUGAACCAACUGAGUGGGUCAGUUCAAUAGUGAUAGUUACUAAGCAAAAUGGCAAUAUCCGUUUAUGCUUAGAUCCUCGUAAUUUAAAUAAAGCUAUUGUGAGGCCAAGAUUUUCAUUUCCUAAUUUAGAUGAGUGUAGGUCGCAGAUGGCUGGUUCAAAAGUUUUCAGUUCUCUGGACGCAAGUUCAGGAUUCUGGAUGGUGCCCUUGGAUGAAAAUUCUUCAAAGUUGUGUACUUUCAACACUCCUUUUGGCCGAUUUAGAUUUUUACGUCUACCAUUUGGUAUCAACGCAGCACCAGAAAUAUUCCAUGGAGAAAUGGUUCGUCUUUUUGGUGAUAUUAAAUUAGUUAUAAUUUAUUUAGAUGAUUUCCUUAUUUAUGCGAAAUCAAUAAAAGAGCAUAAUGAUAUUUUGUAUAAGGUCUUGAAGAGAGCAACAGAAAUAGGUCAUCGUUUCAACAAAAGUAAAUCAAAACUUUUUCAAACUAAUAUAAAAUUCAUUGGACAUAUUUUCAAUGAAGAUGGUAUUAAACCAGACACUGAUAAAAUAAGAGCAAUUACGGAAUUUCCUACACCCGCUAAUAGCGAAGAUCUCCAACGUUUUCUAGGUAUGAUUAAUUAUUUAGGUUCAUUUAUUCAGAAUUUGUCAACAAAAAACUUUCAUCUUAGAAAUUUAUUAAAAAAAGAUGUUAUUUGGGACUGGGGUAAAGCUCAAGAGGAAGCAUUUAAUAAUUUAAAAAAAGAAAUCACAAAAGCUCCAGUUUUAACAUAUUUUGAUGUUACUGUCAGCAGACGCAUCAAAGAAACCGACCAUAAACCAUUAGUAUCUCUCUUUAAUAAACCUCUACAUCAAAUACCUUCAAGACUGCAAAGAUUUAUGCUUAGAUUACUAGCAUAUGAUUUAACAGUAAUUAAUAAACCAGGAAAACAUUUAUAUGUCGCUGAUGCAUUAUCUCGCGCACCUUUAAAGUCUGAAUCAUUUACAGAUAUUGAUAAAGAUAUAGACCUUCAUUGUCAUUCAAUAGCUUCUCAAAUUGCUUUACCGAGAGAUGAUAUUGAAGUUUUAAAACAGUUCGUAAAAAACGAUGAGACAUAUCAAAAACUUUUAAAAUGUUUAAAAGAAGGCUGGCCCGCAUCAAAGAAAUUGUGUGACUUAGAUAUUAGCCCGUAUUUUAGUAUCAAAGAUAGUAUUCAUGAAAUUGAAGGACUAUUACUAAAAAAUAAUAGAUUAAACUCGGGUUCUUCAAAUUUAGCAGUUGUAACAAAAUUGAAGAGCAUAUUUUCACGUCAUGGAAUACCAAUGUAUUUAAUAUCAGACAAUGGCCCGCCAUUUAAUUCUCUCGAUUUCAAAAAUUUUUGUGUUGACUGGGGUAUUGAUCAUAUCACGUCGAGUCCAUAUUUACCAAGGUCAAAUGGUCUUGCUGAAAGAUCAGUACAAACUAUUAAAAAGUUACCUAAUAAAUGUCUAGAAACGGGAGCGGAUUACUAUACAACUUUGCUUCAGUAUCGUGCGUCCCCUAAAAUUGAAGAUUUAAGUGGAGUAGAGUAUAGAAGAAAUAGGCAACAUAUUUUAAAAAUACCAAAUAUUGAAAUAAGUGAAACAUCUCAAGAAAUUUGUACAAAAGAAAAAGAACAAGUCAUAGAAACAGAGACUGAAGAAGUUGUAAAACAAAAUAACGAUUUAGGUGAUCUCAAAACAAAUGAAAAUAUUCAGAGAUCAAAAAGUGGAAGAAAAAUAAUUCCUCCUGAAAGGUUAACUUAUAAAACCACAUAA